AUGGCUUUUGUUUAUCAAGGAGAUUCUGAAUUGGAAUCAAAAGCCAGAAAAGCUGCAGAAAGAAUCUCAGAGAAUAUGCAUAUUGUAGCCAAUGAGCCCUCCCUAGCAUUGUAUAGACUACAGGAGCAUGUUAGGAAAGCUUUACCUCCAAUGGUGGAAAGAAGAGUAGAGGUUACUAAAUUACAACAUGAAUUGCAAGGAAGAUGUUAUGAUGUUGAGUAUGCAUUAAGUGCUGUCAAAUCAAUGGAUGGUGCCGCAACGAGUUUUAGAAACAUACAAGAAAUGCUGAAACAGUCUAUUUAUCUAAAACAACAAUUGAAAUAUGAAGAGAAUAGGAGAAAUAAAAAAGAUACAAAUUCAGUCUAUAAACGUCUCUCUGCUCAUAUAGUUCUAGAUUUGCCAGACUUGUCUGAUUUCUCUAUGGUUCGCGAAACAACAAACAGAAUAGAACACAUGAUGGCCCAUGCUAGAGGUUCAAAUAGUGAACUACAGAGGUCACACACCACAUUGCAUUAG